AGAGGCACAUGAUGAGAGAUAUAUCACUGGAAUCUGAACCAGACAGUUUCUGAUCUUCUUUGAGAAAUCUUCUUUUCCUCCUGGAGGAUCUCUCGGAGAAGACAAAGCGAAGAACAAUCUCAGUUUCUUUUCUCUCUUAUCUUUCUCGGUAGGUAAAUUUAGAUGGCUGGAGUCGUGCGAUUAUCGGCGACGUCGGUCCAGGCCCUUCGCGUCUCUUCGUCCUUCACCUCCUUUGCGACCACUCUCAAUUCUCUACAACCUUGCUUACCUCCAAAUUCGAAUCUUAAUUCUGAUAAGAGAUUGCGCCUGGUCUCCUCUUCUCCCUCGUGCUCGUCCUCUCAUUACCCAUCUUCUGGUCUCGGAAGCCAAAGUCCCCUUAGACGACCCAAGAGCAAAGUGGUUCGCGUCAAGGUGGAUGAGAGCGUGGCGGAGACAGAGCCACCGAAAUGGUGGGAGAGGAAUGCUGGACCAAACAUGGUCGACAUUCAUUCUACUGAAGAAUUCUUGAAGGCUUUAAGCGAAGCAGGCGAAAGAUUAGUCAUUGUAGAGUUUUAUGGAACUUGGUGCGGUUCUUGCAGAGCAUUGUUCCCAAAGCUUUGCAAGACAGCAGUGGAAAAUCCCGAUAUAUUGUUUCUCAAAGUAAACUUUGAUGAGAACAAACCCAUGUGCAAGAGUUUGAACGUGAAAGUGCUUCCUUAUUUCCACUUUUACCGGGGAGCUGAUGGCCAGCUUGAGUCCUUCUCAUGUUCUCUAGCUAAGUUUCAGAAGAUAAAAGAUGCCAUCAGACUGCACAACACCGCUCGUUGCAGCAUUGGUCCAGCCAAGGGACCUGAAGGGUUAACCUUGGAAUCUUUAUCUGUGCAGACGAGUGCAGCCAAACCAGCUGGAUCAAGUUGAAGUUCCAGGCUUUUAGAUUUAUUUCUGCAACAGUCUUUGGUUACUCAAGCAAAUACUGAGCUUAAUAUUCUGUAUAUCUGUCAUUAUUUUUGGUAUAAAAGAAUACUCUUCCUGAAGCAUGUUAGGAUUUUUCUGCCAACAGGCAAUUGCAAAUGUAUUUUACUGCUGGUCCUUAUUGUUGUAUGAUGCAUGUGUGAGGUUAAAUAUGUCUAUUUUGCAUA